GGUUCAACAUACGCUCUCGGAAGUAGUUCUUGUAUUUUUCCUCCAAUAUUUCAAUUUGCAUUGAUUUCGGGGAAAUGACUAUCAGAAAUUUCUCAAUCGAAUAUGACCCCAUCAAUAGCCAAAACAUCUUCACGAACGGCGAUACGAUCAACGGAAGAAUCGUUGUGGAGGUAUCGAAGGAAACGUCAAUCCAAUCGCUCACUUUCAUCGGAACAGGAAACGCGAAGGUUCGCUGGCAUGAACAUUACGGGAAGCAUCAUCGUUUCUUCUGGUCUGAUGAGAAAUAUUAUGAGAUCAAACAACAUAUCUUGAAAGCCGGUACUGAAUUUAUCGCCAAAGGAAGGCAUGUGUUCCCGUUUUCCUUCAUGGUACCAAACAGAAAAAUGCCAUCAUCGUUCAAGUCUAGGAUCGGUAAAAUUGUCCAUAAACUCAAAGCAGAGUUUAAGCAAUCCAUGAAAUUGACAAAAACUGCAAAAGCCCACUUCACGUUUAUCUCCAAAGCAGAUAUGGAUAUACCUGGACUUAUGGAACCUCAGCAUGAUUGCACCGAUAAAAAACUUGCAGUCUUCGGUUCCGGAACGAUUGCAAUGGAUGUGUACACCAAAAAAAUGGGCUACGAACCGGGCGAGCAGCUCCACGUCAAAGUUGAAAUCCACAACCUUGGGUCCCGGGACUUGAAGCCCAAAUUUGUUUUGUACGAAAAGCAGAGCUUCUUCGCUCAAGGUCGCAGGAAACUUCACAAGCGGGACAUCGUCAAGGACAAAUUUGACGCCGUCGAUGCCCGGAGCAGAGAGACGGUGGAGAAAACCAUUGCAAUCCCGACGAAUCUGCCUCCUUCCAUUUUGAACUCUGCCAUCAUCAAGCUGGAGUACAGGCUGAAGAUCUUUCUGGAUGUCAAAUAUGCGACGGACCCGGAAAUCAAACUUCCAAUAGUUGUUCUACCGACCUUUGAGUUUCCGGCGAGAAAACAGCAUCCCGGUCCGGCCCCUUACGGAUUUGAGGACUUCGGGAACGCGAACCGACAGAGCUGGAGCGAAGCAAACCGACCUUUCGACUUCCCUCCGCCCUAUGAAGCACAUGAUGUGUAUCCCAUCAUAAGGAAAUCUGAGAAAUAUUGACCUUAUUCAUAUUUAUUCAUGUUGAGCAUAAAUCAGCCAAAAACAUUCUACCCAGAACAGUGGCAACACAAAGGAAAUAAAUAUUCGCUUUUUGGUGAUGAAAAUUACUAUCAAACAAAACUCU